UAUUUAUCUGCAUCUAUUACUUUUCCUAAAAGUAGUACAUGCAGACACUGUUUAUUUUGGCAGCAUUUACUUUGCAGUGUUUUCCCAUGAAGGCUUUGAUCUUCUAAUCUGCUUGAUAUUUUUUCGAAAAUACACAACAGCAACCAAACUUUCAAUGCGAUGGCUUCGUCACCAGAUCAAGAGAUGAUGCAACGCCUUAGACAGAUAAGAAAAGAAUACAAUAAGAAAAAACGGAAGUUAAAGAAAGCUCACAGGGCCUCUGAAGCGAAGGCCUAUGUGAGACAGAGAUUGAUUGAAGAGGCUCAGGAAGAAAGUGUUUGCGGAUCUAAGCACGAACAUUCAAAAGUCUUGUCCAUACCUACUGGAUCUGAGAUUGCUUUAUCUGAAAUUACUUGUGAUGAAAUGCAUAGGAAGUCAAAUAUUAAUCCAAUAUCAAAACCAAACAGAGACAAAUUGUCUUCCAGUUCAUUCUUUGACUCCGAGCUGGUUUUCAGUGUGAACAAUGUCUUCUCAACAGUUCAAGACACUGCAGAAAACAAAGUUAGUAAUGAUAUAAAGGAAAACAUAGAGCAUGAGAAUAUAAAGGAAAACAUAGAGCACAAGGAUAAUUUAGAUUCACUUAUGAAAAGAUCUUGUUCAAGUAUUGUGAAUGUCAACAAAUUGAAGGAAAAAGCACAAGCAGUAUGUAUGAAAGGCAACAAUCACAAUCAGACAGAUGUACUCAAAAUAAAUGACAAUUCCUUGAAAGCAACAGAUAAGAGUUCCCCCUCAAGACUAAGUUUAACGAAAUACAGAAGGAAGCACUUUGUAACUAGCACGCCACCAAUAUUGGCUAGGAGUAAAACAUUCAAUACAAAUAUACAAAAACUUGCUCCUUGUAUUGACAGGUCAAACUUGAUUUCCAAAUUUCAGGAGGCACAAGUUAUAGUCUUUGAAAGGCAAAUUAAAUCAAAACAAAAACCUUGCUCAUCAAAAGAUGUUACGGAGAAAAUGCCAAUAGGAGAACAGUGUUCUACAGUGCCGAGAACAGGUAUUUUACUGUCUGAAACUGGUGACGCUAGGCAACAAACAGUAAGAUCUGAAACUGGUGACGCUAGGCAACAAACAGUAAGAUCUGAAACUGGUGAUGCUAGGCAACAAACAGUAAGAUCUGAAACUGGUGACGCUAGGCAACAAACAGUAAGAUCUGAAACUGGUGACGCUAGGCAACAAACAGUAAGAUCUGAAACUGGUGAUGCUAGGCAACAAACAGUAAGAUCUGAAACUCGUGACGCUAGGCAACAAACAGUAAGAUCUGAAACUGGUGACGCUAGGCAACAAACAGUAAGAUCUGAAACUCGUGACGCUAGGCAAAAAACAGUAAGAUCUGAAACUGGUGACGCUAGGCAACAAACAGUAAGAUCAAUUAUGAAGAAUCAUUCCAAAAGAAGCACUCCUAUAAAUGGCAGCAACAAAAUGGAGGAAAAUAGCACUAAUCCUAAGGAUUUCUCAACAGAAUGUAUUGUUUCAAGUGCAUGUGUAUCUGCUGAUAUUGGCAUAGAAAAUAAAAGUACAAACAACAAAAAGUGUGAUGAUACACACACUCAAGAACCACAAUCUCAAGGUCGAAAAAGACGUUUCUCUGGGUUAGAGACUCAGAGGAGAUCAAGAAGAAUCUCUGGGCAGCCUUCACAAGAAAGUUAUGCACAAAGGCAGGGAACAAAAGUUCCUAAGAUGAAGAGCAAAAAGCAGGUGAUCUUGUCUUCCUUAUUCCAAUAUCUUGUUGAUGAGGCAGCCAGAAAGAAUGGUGAAAUUGAAGACUUUAGCAUACCUGAUGAAUAUAUUGAUAGCUGCUUUAAAAUGAAUGCCCUUUGUAAUGGAGUAGAUUUCAUGAGUGAUGAUUCUAAUGAUGCAAAGAAAGUGGUGAUUGAUAAUGUUCAUGAUCUUGGUGAAACAUGUGAGACAGAAAUAGCAACUCUGAACGAUAAAAAGAAUGUGAUGAAAGAAAAUUCUGCUGAAUUAUCAAAUGAGUAUAGUGCAUCCCUGGAAAUAGAAAAAGGUGGCUAUCAAAGCACUGAAAGUCUUAAUGAGGACUUGGAUGUCUCAGACCUGGCAGAGAUUCGUGCUGGUGACAACUGUGCAAGUAUGAAUCAUUCAAAGUCAGAAAACAUUGAAUCACCGACUUUGUUCGAAUCACAGUCAGAUCAUGAGACAGAUUUCAGUUUUCCAUUUAAGGACAAAGAAUGCGACUACAAAGACAUAAUUGAUAGAGAACUGGAAAGAGAACUAGAAACAACCUUUGAAGAUACUAAUGAAACUGGAAGCAGUGCUUUGAAAAAAAGCAACCAAUUAUCAAGUGACCUGCUAAGCAACUCUGUGCUUGAAAUAGAUAACAAGAAGGGUCAGAGGCUUGUUAACUUUGAGAAUAUUCUUCUUCCCUCCACCAAUGUUGUUAGGAGUGUUCUAUGUGUAGAGGUGACCACACAACCUAGCAUGCUGGUAGUUUGUCUCACCCAGUCAAGUCUAAAAGUGUAUGGGCAACUUGACAACUUAUGGAAUUUGAUGGCCACUCAUCAUUGCAAAGUAUAUUUGAAAAGAAAGAGUGCCCAAGUUUUGUACAGUUUGCCAAGGAGCGAUAAGUUGCAGUUUAUUGUUAUGGAGAACCAGUCUAGCUGGCUGACUGUUUCCCUCUUUACUUUGAAGGCAGCAAGUCUCCAUAAACAAGUUCUCACAUCACUGGAGGGAACCAGUUGUUUGGUUUGCCCCAUCACGGAGCACCAGAUGGUUGUGGGUAGCAAUAGCAGCAUGGGAACCAGAUUAUCGCGACUGGAUAGGCAAGAUUCUGCAUUAACAUGGGAGACAACUCCCCUGGAGUCUGUACAUCACAGAGUAGCAGCCCUUGUUUGUGUGCGAGAUCUUCCUGAUGCUGUCCUUGGGAUUACAAGUGAUGCAUUGGUUGUGAUUUGGAAUGUACGUCGCGGUCUGAUCAUUUCAACGGUGGACAUUUCGGAUGUGUGUCCGUCUGACUCACUUGUGCCAGCGGCUUUCUAUGAACAGGGCUUCAUCAUGUUGCCGAUGCUGUCUGGUCGACGGGGCCGUCAGGCUGGGUCUGUGGUGGUGAUUAACCCACAGCUGGGCACCUCAGAAAUGCUGUUUGCUAUUCAAGCUCAGGAGAAGACCUGGACCGGGUGCCAAAUUUCUGCUGGAAUACUAGCAGAGGAUCUACUCAUCAUCAAGGAAACCAAUGGAAUACUGGGAUUUUGGGACCUCCACAAUGGUUCCUGCAUAGCAACCAUGGAUGAUGUCACAGUCUCGUGUCUUUCAAGUUCUAAACAAUAUCUAGCUGUUGCACAUAGAAAUUGUGUUCACUUGUUUAAGUUAAUGUGAUGAAUAUGAUAAAAUAGAUUAUAUGCAUGUUAUCAAUCAAAUAAAUUUUAUGAAGCAUA